GUGGGGACACAGACCCCAUACUGACAAUCUGAAACGCCCAUGUGAACAGCCCUAUUCGCGGAAUCCAGUGCAGAAAAUACGCUCCAUAUACUGACAGCAAGUACUGUGGUGUGAAAGAUCCUUAAGGGUGUGAGAAUUGCUGGUUCCAUGUAGAUCUCAUCAUCUAAUAACAAUGCACAUUCCAAAUUUCACCCAGCGACCAAAUGUUGGUUCUUCUUCUCAAUAUCUACUCCUAGCAUGCAGACAUCUCAUGAAGAUCUAAACUAGAAUUUUUGAGCAUUGCAGAAGAAUGAUGGAGGCUGAAAAGCCUGAACUUUUUGGUUACUACUUUCAGAUACCUAUAAAGGCAGAAGUGAAAAAAGUCCAGAUCUCCAUGUUGUCUUCUUCAGUUCAGGAGAAAAUAAGACAACUGGGAGGUCGCACCAAAGCCUCUUUUGUCGUAGUUGUGUCACCGAUUACUAUUCAGAAGUUACCAAAGAGCCACAAAUCAAGAACAACAGCAGCAGAACAUUCUCCUGUGACAAUGAGUGACACAAGUCAGUCAUCCAAUGUAAGAUCUAUGGGAAAAGCAGACAAACAGACGAAGAAAGACCUUGGGACUUACUUAGUUCCUGUGAAAUGUUCUAAAGACAUUGCACUGGCCAUAUUACAGCUGGCCCAAACAAGCAAGGAGGAUAAGUCCAGUUCUGAAAGUGAAUCGUCAAACUUCAGCAAAUCUCUUGUUCUCAACCACAACCUACAGAUGAUAGAGAUGAAAGCCAAGACUCUGUACAUCUACAAAAACAUUAUGUAUUUACUGCCUAAAAGCCAGGAAGCAAACACAAGCGAUAAAAAAAGCGAAGCCGAGAAGUCAGAGGCCACCGAAUCCCAGGCAAGGGCCAAACUGAGAAAUAGAAAAUACAAGCACAAGAGCCUGGGCUGCGUGAUACUGCGCAGUUUCUCAUUUCGGCAGCAGCAAGAUCGCAGAAUAGUGGGCAGUGUGACUGAGAAAUCUGCAACGAUUGUGAAAUCAUACAAUAAAGAAAGAUGUGAUCUGCCAGACGAAAUGAAACCCAUCGAUGUUGGUCCAUCUUCAGGAUCUUCUACCGUGAAGAGUCUACAGGUGUCUUUUUGGGAACAAUCAGAAAGACAAGUUAAAAGAAAAUUGCCUUAUCUCAGUAACGAGCAACCUUUUAUAAAAAGAAAUCAUCAAAGUGAUUCUGAUGCAAAGCAAGACUCAUUUGUAGCAAAGAAUGUCCUGAUCCGUUCUCCUCUCCAGCCCCACCCAUUAUCUUCAGAUGCUCCUUCUCCUCUAAGUCCUCAAGAGUCACCUGUAUCAUUUGCUCAUGAGAAAUCAUCUCCAUGUGGAUAUCUAAGUGAUUCUGGUUCCAAACAAGGCUCAACUGUAGCAAAAAAUGUCCUCACCCAUUAUCCUCUCCAGCCCCAUUCACCAUCUUCAGAUGUUCCUUCUUCUAUAAGUCCUCAAGAGUCACCUGCAUCAUUUUUUCAUGAGGAAACAUCUCCAUGUGGAUAUCUAAGUGAUUCUGGUGCUAAACAAGACUCAACUGUAGAAAAGAAUGUCCUUUACCAUUCUCCUCUCCAGACCCACCCAUCAUCUUCAGAUGCUCCUUCUCCUCUAAGCCCUCAAGAGUCACCGGUAUCAUUUUCUCAUGAGAAAACAUCUCCAUGUGGAUAUCUAAGUGAUUCUGGUGCCAAACAAAACUCAACUGUAGCAAUGAAUGUCCUCGACCUUUAUCCUCUCCAGCCCCAUUCACCAUCUUCAGAUGUUCCUUCUUCUCUAAGUCCUCAAGAGUCGCCUGCAUCAUUUUUUCAUGAGGAAACAUCUCCAUGUGGAUAUCUAAGUGAUUCUGGUCCCAAACAAGACUCAACUGUAGCAAAGAAUGUCCUUGACCAUUCUCCUCUCCAGACCAACCCAUCAUCUUCAGAUGUUCCUUCUCCUCCAAGUCCUGAAGAGGCACCUGCAUCAUUUUCUCAUGAGGAAACACCUCCAAGACGAAAAACUACAGAUCUUGAAAGAAUCUCUUCCUCUUCCAGUCUAUUGUGCAAUACCCCUCAACAUGCAGCUCCCACACCAUUGAGAUACCACCCAACUUGUGCAGAUAAUAUGAGUCCUCCUCAUCUCAAAGCCAAGUCCAGUCUAUGCUGGUCGGAUUUUACCACAGGUUCUCAAAAAAGUUAUGAUACAGAUAAAACAUCAUCUGCUAGUGACAUAGAUGAUACGACCAGAGACGAGAAAAGACAGAGACUUCUUGAUCGUGUGAUAGAGUUAAAGAAAGAAGUUGAGAAAAUGCAGCAAAAGUCAAAUUAGAAUGUAUUUGUGAUAACUUGAAAAAAAAUAUGGUAUUCCAUAAUUGUCUGAUUAGUUGGGGAUCGGACUACUAUAGAAAUAGCUCUAGUCCCCAGGUGUGGGACUGUCACCAAAAUAAAUGAGA